ACUGUCCCUUCAACCGGGCAUCGUGCCCAGGAAGUGAGAAAGGGUUGGGCGUCCGAAGAGCAGGCAGGUGGGCGCAGCUCCAGGGGUCAGGGUGAAAGAGGUGAUGUCCCUACGAUCCUGGGACUCCGGUGCCUAGCGGGUGCAGGUCAGCGUGAGGAAUUUUGGGGUGUGCGGUAGGGAGGUGGCUGCACAGGGUGGGGGGAGUGGCCAGCAGCCCUGCCCAGAUUAAGCGGGAGGCGCGCGGGAGUCUGCGACUCUGGAGGCCGGGUUUGCUGGCAGCUCUAGGGGCUACCCAUCUGCUGCCUGCCGGUCUUCAACUCGCAGCCAGCACACAGACCUGAGGCUGGACAGGCUGUGAAGAGGAACACGGUCACGGGUGGAUUACCUCCAGCCACAACCUCGAGGGCACUGACUCCCAACGGUCCAUGAGAAUCUUCUGGGAGAGAGGAGAAGGCCGGAGGAGUAUUUUGGGCACAGAGGUCAUCCCUUGAGGGCACCAGUGCUCAAGGUCUUCAUGAGGUGCUUUUUCAGAUGGACCGAGUCCUACGGCACAGGCCCCUGGUCACUGAUAUUUAUCCUCUUUACCAUACAAUAUGAAUAUGGGAGCAGCAAGAAAUAUGGCAGCCCCUGUGGAGGAAGAAACUGCUCUGUCUGCCAGUGUUUCCCUGAAAAGGGAUCUCGGGGUCACCCAGGACCACUGGGACCACAGGGACCAAUAGGGCCCUUGGGACCCCCAGGACCCAUUGGGAUUCCAGGAGAAAAAGGACUGAGAGGUGACAGCGGCCUGCCUGGACCACCAGGAGAGAAAGGAGACAAGGGUCCAACUGGUGUGCCCGGAUUUCCAGGCGUGGAUGGUGUACCUGGUCACCCAGGGCCUCCUGGACCCAGAGGCAAACCUGGUAUGGACGGCUACAAUGGCUCACGAGGUGAUCCGGGCUAUCCAGGAGAGAGAGGAGCUCCUGGCCCUGGCGGCCCCCCUGGUCAGCCUGGGGAAAAUGGAGAAAAAGGAAGAUCGGUGUACAUUUCCGGUGGCGCCAAAGGUACUCAGGGAGACCGUGGGGACCCAGGACCACUCGGCUUACCAGGAUCUAGGGGUGCACAAGGAUCAACAGGGCCCAUGGGGCAUGCGGGUACCCCAGGGCUAGCAGGACCUAUAGGUCAUCCUGGGAGCCCUGGGAUGAAGGGAGAUCCUGCCAUGGGACUGAAAGGGCAAAAGGGAGAACCGGGUGAAGUUGGCCAGCAUGGCCCUCUUGGGCCCACCCUGUUGGUACAGCCACCUGAUUUGGGUGUCUAUAAAGGAGAAAAGGGUGUAAAAGGAGUUCCUGGAAGGAUUGGGUCCCCAGGACCUCCAGGACGCAAGGGAGAGCCUGGUAUCGGCGUCAAAGGAGAGAAAGGUAUCCCUGGGUUCCCAGGACCCCGGGGUGAGCCUGGUUCCCAUGGAUCUCCAGGUUUUCCAGGAUUUAAGGGGAUACAAGGAGCGGCUGGAGAUCCUGGGCUGUUCGGACUUCGUGGUCCAAAGGGGGAUCCUGGAGAUCGCGGGAACCCGGGACCACCAGGCAUUUUGGUAACUCCAGCUCCACCACUCAAAGGAGUUCCAGGGGACCCAGCCCCUGGCCACUAUGGAGAGAUUGGAGAUGUUGGAUUACCGGGUCCUCCAGGGCUCCCAGGCAGACCAGGGGAAACUUGUCCAGGCAUAGUGGGACCUCCUGGGCCACCAGGGGUUCCUGGUCCUCCAGGAUUUCCAGGGGAUGCUGGUAUUCCUGGAAGACUUGACUGUGCCCCAGGAAAACCCGGGAAGCCAGGACUACCCGGCCUGCCUGGAGCACCAGGACCAGAGGGCCCCCCUGGAUCAAAUGUGAUCUAUUGUCGUCCUGGGUAUCCUGGACCAAUGGGAGAAAAGGGAAAAAUAGGUCCCCCAGGAAGAAGAGGAGCCAAAGGAGCAAAAGGAAAUGAGGGGCUCUGUGACUGUCCACCUGGUCUCAUGGGACCCCCUGGUCCUCCAGGACCUCCUGGAAGACAAGGAAGUAAAGGAGACCUAGGGCUUCCUGGUUGGCAUGGAGAAAAGGGUGAUCCAGGCCAGCCUGGUCCUGAAGGACCUCCAGGGCCACCAGGAAGACCUGGUGCUGUGGGGCCCCCUGGCCUCAAAGGGGCAAAGGGUGAUAUGGUCAUAUCAAGAGCGAAAGGGCAAAAAGGAGAAAGAGGACUGGAUGGGCCCCCAGGAUUUCCGGGGCCACAUGGACAAGAUGGGCGGGAUGGACGUGCUGGAGAAAGAGGGGAUCCCGGGCCUCGAGGGGACCAUAAGGAUGCAGCCCCUGGUGAGAGAGGGCUUCCCGGACUGCCAGGCCCUCCAGGGAAAGCAGGACCCGAGGGGCCUCCAGGACUGGGAUUUCCAGGCCCACCAGGAGAGAGAGGCCUACCAGGAGAGCCCGGGCGCCCAGGCAUGAGAGGCUUCGAUGGCAUGAAGGGGCAAAAAGGUGACUCCAUUCCAUGUAAUGUAACCUACCCGGGGGAACCGGGUCCGCCAGGUUUUGAUGGACCUCCAGGUCUGAAGGGGUUUCCAGGACCCCCAGGGGCUCCUGGUAUGAGAUGUCCAGUUGGACAGAAAGGUCAGCGGGGCAAACCGGGAAUGCCUGGAAUUCCAGGUCCACCUGGUUUCCGUGGUGUCGUGGGAGAUCCAGGCAUCAAAGGUGAAAGGGGGACCUCCCCUUUCGGACCCCCAGGCCCACCUGGGCCUCCUGGAGUGGAUGGCCAGAAAGGAGUGCCAGGAGGCUCUGCCUUUGGUGACCCGGGGCCCCCUGGAGAGAGGGGUCUUCCAGGGGCACCCGGCAUGAAAGGACAGAAAGGUUACCCAGGAUGCCCCGGGGCUGGAGGGCCGCCUGGCAUCCCUGGAUAUCCAGGUCUUAAAGGUCCCAAAGGCAGAGAGGGAAGUCCUGGGCUUCCGGGGACCCCAGGCUCCCCUGGCCAUUCCUGUGAGAGAGGUGCUCCAGGCAUCCCAGGUCAACCAGGACGUCCUGGAACUCCGGGUGAUCCAGGGGCCCCAGGUUGGAAAGGCCAGCCAGGAGACAUGGGGCCCUCUGGACCGGCUGGGAUGAAGGGCCUCCCUGGUCUCCCAGGCUUACCAGGAGCCGAUGGUCUCCGAGGGCCUCCUGGGAUUCCAGGCCCCACUGGGGAAGAAGGCCCACCUGCUCUUCCAGCCCUAAAGGGAGCCCCAGGGCUGCCCGGCUUCCCUGGUUUUCCAGGAGAGAGAGGAGAGGCGGGCCCAGAUGGAGAACCUGGAAGAAAGGGAGAGGCUGGAGAGAAAGGCCGGCCUGGCUCGCAGGGAGCCCCGGGAGAGAGCGGUGCCAAAGGAGACAGGGGACCUCCUGGUGAUGUAGGAGAAACAGCCGUUUCUAGAAAGGGGGAUCCUGGGGAUGCUGGGCCUCCAGGAGACGGUGGAUUCUCAGGAGAAAGAGGUGAUAAAGGAAGCCCAGGGAUGCGAGGAGGAAGAGGAGAUCCUGGGAGAGAUGGACCGCCUGGGCUCCACAGAGGGCAGCCUGGGAUGAAUGGGUCUCCUGGGCCUCCUGGCCCCCCUGGCCCUCCAGGAUCACCUGGACUGAGAGGAGUCAUUGGUUUUCCAGGAUUUCCAGGUGACCAGGGUGAUCCAGGCUCUCCAGGACCCCCUGGAUUCUCAGGAGAUGACGGAGCAAGAGGACCGAAAGGAAACAAAGGGGACCCUGCCGGUCAGUAUGGUCUACCCGGUCCAAAGGGUGAACCAGGUAGCCCUGGAUACCAAGGACAUACUGGAGACCCUGGAGAGAAAGGCUUUCCUGGAGAUGAAGGGCCCCGAGGACCACCAGGCAGACCUGGACAGCCUGGCUCUUUUGGACCACCAGGGUGUCCAGGUGACCCAGGGAUGCCUGGACAAAAGGGCCAUCCAGGGGAAGUGGGAGACCCCGGACCAAGAGGUUAUGCGGGAGAUUUAGGGAGGCCAGGUCCUGCAGGAGUGAAAGGUCCUCCUGGGUCUCCCGGUCUGAAUGGCUUGCAUGGUCUGAAGGGUGAGAAAGGAGCAAAGGGCGCCUCAGGUUUGCUCGAAAUGGGUCCACCUGGGCCAAUGGGAACGCCUGGGCUAAAAGGAGAGAAAGGCGAUCCUGGGAGUCCAGGGAUUUCUCCUCCAGGCCUACCUGGAGAAAAGGGCUUCCCAGGACCCCCAGGGAGACCGGGAGCACCUGGUUCUGCAGGCAUCCCAGGAAGAGCUGCUAAAGGUGACAUUCCUGAUCCAGGUCCACCUGGAGACUGGGGACCUCCUGGCCCCGAUGGCCCAAGAGGAGUACCUGGACCUCCAGGUCCCCGUGGGAAUGUCAGCCUUCUGAAAGGGGAUCCAGGUGACCAUGGUUUGCCAGGACCACCUGGCUCCCGAGGUCCACCAGGCCCACCAGGGUGUCAAGGCCCCCCAGGAUGUGACGGCAAAGAUGGUCAGAAAGGACCAAUGGGACUCCCAGGGCUUCCAGGGCCACCUGGUCUUCCUGGGGCAUCUGGAGAGAAGGGAUUACCUGGCCCCCCAGGCAGAAAAGGGCCAGUAGGUCCUCCAGGCUGCAGAGGUGAACCUGGGCCUCCUGUAGAUGUGGAUUCCUGUGUUCCAAUCCCAGGACUUCCUGGAGUGCCAGGCUCCAGAGGACCAGAAGGAGCUAUGGGGGACCCUGGACAGAGAGGCCUGCCUGGACCAGGGUGCAAAGGAGAGGCUGGCCUGGAUGGUAGGCGGGGCCAGGACGGCAUCCCUGGAUCUCCAGGACCUCCGGGACGCAAUGGUGACACUGGAGAGGCGGGCCGUACUGGAGCACCAGGUCCUCCUGGUAUGACUGGUGAUCCUGGGCCCAAGGGGUUUGGCCCUGGAUACCUCAGUGGCUUCCUCCUGGUUCUCCACAGUCAAACAGAUCAAGAACCGGCCUGCCCUGUGGGCAUGCCUCGGCUUUGGAUAGGGUACAGCUUGUUAUACUUGGAAGGACAGGAGAAGGCACACAAUCAGGAUCUUGGUUUGGCAGGAUCUUGUCUUCCUGUGUUUAGCACUCUGCCCUUUGCUUACUGCAACAUCCACCAAGUGUGCCACUACGCCCAGAGAAAUGACAGGUCCUACUGGCUGUCCAGUGCAGCUCCUCUUCCUAUGAUGCCACUCUCGGAGGACGAGAUCCGCCCUUAUGUCAGCCGCUGUGCAGUGUGUGAGGCCCCAGCCCAGGCGGUGGCUGUGCACAGUCAGGACCAGUCCAUCCCACCGUGUCCACGGACGUGGAGGAGCCUCUGGAUCGGGUACUCAUUUCUGAUGCACACUGGAGCUGGGGACCAAGGAGGCGGGCAGGCGCUGAUGUCACCUGGCAGCUGCCUCGAGGACUUCAGAGCUGCACCAUUCCUUGAAUGCCAGGGCCGGCAGGGAACCUGUCACUUUUUUGCAAACAAGUACAGCUUCUGGCUGACCACGGUGAACCCAGACCUGCAGUUUUCCUCUGGCCCGGCACCGGACACCUUGAAAGAAGUUCAGGCCCAGCGCCGGAAAACCAGCAGGUGCCAGGUCUGCAUGAAGCACAGCUAGAGAAUUCAAAACAUGCCAACAGGCAUCAAGGCAGACAUCCCAAUGGAGGAGAAGAUUCCCUGACUAUUCUAGCAAACUCAAUGGUGCUCUCUCCAGACUCUGUUAGCCAUGCCUUGUCUCAGCACAGUUAUUCCUAGCCUCCUCCUCCUCCUCCCCUCCUUAGAGCAAGCAAACACUGCCCACGUGGAGUUGUUUGGCCCCCACCACAUUCUCCUUUUAUUGAGAUGAUGGGAGGACAGGCUUUAUUUGAAUGUGUGUUAAUUCCCAGAAAAGCAAGCGAAUGACAAAGACCAGAUUAUCAACUUCAUUCAUUGGUCGAUAGAGUCUCAAACAACUGAAGUCAAUUACUCUGUAAUGCAUUGGGCUUCUGGCUAGAUUUUACAGGAAAAAAAAAUAUAAAUAGACCAACAAAUGAAGCUAUGGAGUAGAGAUUUUCAGUGUUUCAAAAUGAUUCCCUCUAUAAUCUAUUUUUUUUUUAAAGCCAGGCACUUUAAAUAAUUGUGAGACCAUGGCCCAAAGAGGUUUUUUAAAAGGAGGAAGAAAAGAAAAGCAACCUUUCUACACUGCCAGCAUUAGAGGAAUCAUUUCAAAGCAGAAAUGGGUCAUUAUGCAGGAAGGCCUGCAGUCCUGUGUUCCGGAGCCCCGACAUUAGCAUAAACACUUCACAGAUGAAUUUAAAACGUUACGUUCUCCUCUGCAUCUCACGGAGAAUGGAAGUGCCUACUUUGGCAACCCCUUUGAAAAGUAGCAAUUAUAGAAAAAAAUAUAUUCAAUAAGGGAUUAGGGGCCUAAAAGCUAUUAAUGAAUAUUAAGGUAGUGAUUCACAAAAAUUGACUCCCCUUCCCAGGGAACUUGCAAACAGACCACUUUCCCCCAGUUGGGGGCCAGCCUGUCCUUCUGCUAAUGGGACUGAAGCCACAUGGGGCUUACUCAGGCAAGAGAGAGCCUGAUACAAAGUCAAGAGCUCUCCUCCCCAGGAGAACCUGCGAGGCUCCUCCUCCACACGGGGCGGCUCACUCCGGAAGUGACAGGGCUAUUAUUAUGCACUUGGGAGAAAAUUAAGGGCUGGCUUAAUUAAACUUAGGUAAAAAGAUUCAUUUAUGUCAGGGUCACCCCACCAGGAAGGCAUGGGGGCUCGCUUGCACGGAAAACAAAGACCAUAUCCAAUCUGAAUUUUGUGUUCCUGAGUUUUGUUUUGUUUUUUAAAUGGGAGCAUCUGUCUCACCAAUUUUCAAACAUUCUUUAUAUUUUAUUAGCAUCAUGGCAAGACAGCUGUUUGACACUGGUACUUAGCAGCUCCUGUACACGGAAAGGAUCCACAUCAAUUUGCAGUGACUUUCUCCUUACCAAAAGCUCUGCUUGCUAUCAAGUCAGGGAUGUCUACAAAUCACAAAUUGAAAGGUUUUGCUAGAAAGGUUUUUUUUUUUUCUUCUCGAAAUUCACCUUCCUCAGCUAAAGUAAAACUGUCAUUUUAAUGGAAAGGGAGUUUUUUUUCCCCCCUGAGAGACCCUCGUGUCAGAGCUCAGUUUUCAGUGCACUUAAGAAUAAUUGAAAGAAAAACUCAAUUAAAAUUUUGUUUCUGAGGCUGGGGAGAUGGCUCAGUGGCUAACAGCACUUACAGCUCUUGUUGAGGACCUGAAUUUAGUUCCUGGCAUCCAGUUCAGUCAGCUCACGGUCACCAGGAACUCCAGUUCCCCUUUCUGGCUCCCCUGGGCCCUUCUGUACAUAUGCAAACACACACACCCACAGACGUACUCAUACACAACAUGAAAAACCAAAGAAAAUAAGAGUAUUUCUAAGGUGUGUUUUCCUUGCCAUCGUUUGGUCAGUGAUGAACUCCUUUAUGCAGAAUACAUUGAGCAUCUUUUUUCCCUUUCUGAAGGCUGUCUGUAGGAUGGUAGUUUAAGAGAAUUUUCUGGUAAAUAACAUCUAUCCUAUUUUAUGUUUUAAGAGAGCACCCUAGUCUGUAGUUCAGGUUGGCUUGGAACUCACUACAUAACCCCACAUUGGCUUCAAUAUCCUGGCAAUCCCCUGGAGCUCAGAAGUGCUAGAAGUCCAGCCUUUUAAAAAGAAACACGGUUUUUGUUUUGCUUUGAAGACAUUGUCUCAGCCUGGCCUGGGACUCACUAUAUAACCAGGGCUGAACAUCUCUAUCUUAACAUCAAAUGCUUUCUCGAGGUAGCAGAAUUUUUCCUAUUGACCCAUCUGAUUUUAAGUUCAAUGCUGUACGUGUUAAAUAUUUUUCCAGUGUCUGAAAUCAAAGCUCACUUCUUAAUUUACAUUAUUCUUACGUUUCCAGAAUCUAUAUCUAUCAUCCUAAAGCAGGCCUCCUGAAAUUUCAUCAUGAACUUGGCAUGAGAACAUGUUCCAGGAAGAGGUCGUUGGGAAUAGCUGAACUGUUAGAACACAUGUUUGCUUUGCUACAUCACGUUAAACCCUUCAGCCUCGCUGUUAGAAUAUUAACACACUUCAAGUAAGUUAGGACUGGUUAAAUAAGGCGGGCAAUUUAACUACCCGAGAUAGUGAGCAUGAAGCAGCUCGAAGUAUAGAUCCCAUGAUCCUCUUGUGAAUACUACAAGGAUUGGUGAUGCAUUUAGAAAUGGUCCAGAAGGCAAUAGGAAUAGCAUUCUUGGGACAGAAGAGCAUAUUAUCUUAAAGUUAUCAUUCCUCUUUCCACCUGGUGGUAUAUCAAUGUCUUUGGAACAGCCUUGCUCAAUGGGGGCCAUGAACAAAGUUUUGCAUUUAUUCUAUUCCGUUACUGUGAUGGUCUUAUCUAAAUGUCCUUUUCAAGACCUCUACCCUCGAUGGGCUGGAAUGUGCCUAGAGCCCUCCUGGGAAUUAUUUUGAGUGCAGAGGGGGUGUUUCCUUCUGGGUUCUCAUUCUUGGUAAGUGGAAGCCACCAGGCGUCCAAGCUUUGUCUGGUCGGUUCCCCAGACUGAAACUCACAUCCCUGCUCGUGUGGGUUGCCACUUCCUCUCCAAGCUUCUUGCUCUCACAGAUUUCCACCUAGCCUCUUACAGAUGUCUCCAGUUUGGAAUUCCAGUCAUCCUCUAAGUUUCAUCCAAGUGAGACUCUUAUCUUUUGGCUUAAAAUCCUGAAUGACCACACUGCCUGUGGAGGCCAAAAUGACUUCACAUGGGGUAAGAGGUCCAUCGUGAACCGAAGCUGACUGCCGGGGAGUGCCUUUUGUUAGUAUGAGCUGCACACGGCUCUGCAGACACUCACAUGCCUGUGUGUCCUUGGCUUGUCUUUGUGCCAUCCGAGUCCUUCCCAGGGCCCAUUGGUUUGGUAGACACGUUUCUCCUAGCACAAUGGAUUAGUGGCAGGUAGAUGAACUUCCCAAAGAGAUGGGGGGGGGGGCUGUCUCCUCUCUGUUGCUUCUCUAAUGUCUCAGGACAAUUCCUUCAUUCCGUAGCUAAAAACUGAAGCCCUGUGAGGCAGGGACCAUGCUUUGCUGGUGUUUAGAUGCCCAUCAGUAGCUAUUAUUGGCUUGAUUCUUUCAUUCAGUGACAAUUUCCUAUACCUUGGUAAGCCUUUGAUGUACAGCUCUGCAUAUAGGAUCUCGACGGUAAAAGGCUGACCAGCAUACGCCUGUCUUACUUCAGAAUAUCAGAAAGUAAAACAUAGCCACACAUCCAUAAUCCCUUAACACAAUUACCACCGUAAAGCCAGUCAGCAAGCAUUGAUCCUUCUUCACUCCACCGUUAAUUAUUUCUCUAUGAACUGAAAGUUCAGCGAUGAGGAGAUCCAUUCCUAGGUUUGUUGGCAGCAAGAAGAUCCUUUUCUGAAAUGACACGAUGACUCAGCCGCAAUCUGUAUUGUCUCAUGAUGUAAAGGGCUUCUUGGCACCAACAUCCUCUACACUGUGUGUUUCGAGCCCUUAGAUAAAGUCGGCAGAAUGGCUUAAUGGGAACUGAACUCCAUCAGGGUCUCCUUGGCACUUCCUGCAGGUCACCACAAAACUGACCAUUCUCCUUUGUGACCCGUGUUUCUACAAGCCCACUGGAAUAACAGUUGUCCCUCUCUGAUUUGGUAUGGCUACAAGAACAGUGGGAACAUAAGGACUUGUGAGUGGGUUGAACCCAGAUUUUAAUCCAGUUGCGUCCCUUUGAGCUGUGUUACCAUGGGCGAGUUCCGCUAAAAUGCCCUCAUUUCUAAGGUAGGAAGGAUAUUACACUCAUGUUGAGAAUUAAAGUUAUUACCUACCUAGUGCAUCGCAGUCCCCAUUCACCAAGUAUGGACACAUCUUCUAUGUAAAACAAGGUAUUUUAAUAUGAAAAUUAUUUCUUGCUUCCCCUCCCAACAAAAUUACAUGCUGCUUCUCACGGCAUAUAAAUUACUGAUUAGAAUUGUUUAUACCUAACCAGUUCUUAACAUCUUCUUUAUUUCAAGUCACAAAGUUACUGUACCACAGAAAGUACCCCAAUUUCCUGCAGGGACGUUAUAAGUAAGGUCUGCAGGGAACAAUCAACCCCCAUUUAAAAAACAAUUGGCAUUCUGCAAUUGUCACUGCUACUAUCUGCAAGGAACUCUGUGUAGUGCAUUUUAAACCAGGAUGUCUGGCUGCCACAUCCCUGUGAAAUGUUUGAAUUUUAUGGUGCUUAAAUAUUUAAUGAUUCGUUGGAAAAAUGUGAAACAUGCCCAUUAAAUUGCAUCCGUUUCUCUAAA